AUGAAAGAUACUCACGAUUUCCAUCUACAAAUCUAUGAAGCAUCAUUAGAGACAUGUCUACAAAUGUUUGUUGAUGAAGAUCGAGAUGCACAUGGACGACUUAUCGAAAUGAAGAAUAUACUUUUGAAUAUAGAUGAUCAGUAUGAACUCAUAUGUAAACGUCUAAAACUUUACUUUUAUGCAAAAGAUAUUGAAGCAUUUUAUGGACGUAUUGGCGAAACGACACCGACAGUGAUAGAGAAUAUGAAUCUGUCAGACAUUACAGAUGUUCAAUUUCAUCAAAUUCUUCAACAUCGUCGUGGUUGUAGUACAUAUAAGAAAACCAGCGAUCCUGUUUAA